UAAGCACGAGACUUUCCACAGUCCAAACACAUGUUUGCACUAAAGGGGUUCUAAAAAAGAAAGAAAGAAUGCCAUAAAUAAGGCUCUAAAGACCAACCUACCCUUCCAUGCAUGUAUCAGGAACAAUCUCAAACUCAUUUCCUUCCAACAUCUCCAGACAAAGCUCUUCAAACUUGAAAAAUACUUCAAUUUCCUCAUCUGGGUUUUCUCUUUCCAAUCUUUUGAGUGCACCCAAGUGGCCAUUCAGCUCAAUUUCCAUGGCGCCACCGCCACCUAACGGAGAAACGUUUGUCGGUUCCUACAUCAGGAACAAUGCUCAAAAGCCUCCCAGGCUAUCCAUGGAAGGCCUCCAACUAACCAUCUCUGAUCUAUCAUUCGAACUAAGCCGGGAAGAGAUGGGUGCGAAGCUCCCAGCUAUCUCCGAGGUGGAGGACGUGAAAUGCGAGUGCUGUGGCUUGUGCGAGGAGUGCACGCCGGAAUACAUUCGGCAUGUGAGGGAGGGGUAUUUUGGGAAGUGGAUAUGUGGACUGUGUGGGGAGGCAGUGAAGGAAGAGAUAGAGAAGAAGGGAGUGGGAAAAGAAGAGGCUUUGAAUGAACAUAUGAAGGUUUGUGUUAGGUUUAAUAAGAUUGGUAGGGCUUACCCAGUCCUCUACCAAGCUGAGGUCAUGAGGGAGAUUUUGAAGAAGAGUAGUUUGGAGGGUAGAGGUGUGAGGUCCAAAUCAAAUAGCCCCAGGGAUAGGGGUGGGCCACAGAAGGUGGGGAUCACGAGGAGCUCGAGUUGUAUCCCGGCGAUCACAAGGGAGAUGAACGGUCGGAUGGGGGAGAUUGUGAGGGAGAUGGGGAUCUGGAACAAUGAGGGAAAUGAACGGUCGGAUGGUGAAGGGAAUUACGAUGGAGAUGAACGAUUGGAUGGGUCCACGAAUCAUGAGGGAGAUGGACGGUCGGAUGUUAGUGGUAAUCAGAAGGUAGAUAUCGGUGGAUCAAUACUUGAUUGAGUUGAUGGGAAAUGGGAUUUGGAUGAAGGAAAUGUUUGUGUAGAGUGGGCCAUGUUAACAUUCUCAGUCGGUGUAUGUGACAUACAAUUUACCAUUUUUAGUUCAAAUUUACAUUUGUUUCUUAUUGUAUUUGUGGUGCAUUUUAAUUAUUAAUGUUAUGUGAUCUGAUGAGGAAUGGUCCUCCACAAGUCCAUGUAAAAUACUUUUACUGUACAGGCAUUGUGCGUGGAGCCCACCCAGUGUGUCUACGGCAUCUAACCUGUCCAGUCGAGCAAGGUCACGGCACUAUGAAAGUCAGAUGCCUUAAA